AUGGAACCGUUUAUAGGCAAAAAAUAUAAAUUAAAAUCAUCAGAUAACUUCGAGGACUAUUUGAAGUUUAUUGGCGUCGGCCUAUUAUCCAGAAAGCUGGUGAUGUCUGUAUCACCAGUUACUGAACUAACGAAGAAUGAAGAUGGUUCCUACACACUGAUACACACAACUUCGAUAAGAAACGUCACGACUACCUUCAGAUUGAGCGAAGAGUAUGAGGAAGACAGACCUGAUGGUGUUAAGGUCAAAUCAGAGAUGAAAAUAGAAGGGAAUAAAUUAAUACAAAUCCAGAAGGAUCCAAGUGGAAAGAAAUCGAAACAUAUAAGAGAAUUCACUGACAGUACCCUUACUGUAAUUACGACCGCCGACGGAUGGGACGGAACUUGUAUAAGAGUUUAUGAAGCUGUAGACUAA